AUGACUCAGUUUCUUCCGCCAAACCUGCUGGCUCUGUUUGCGCCUCGGGAUCCCAUUUCCUUUCUGCCUCAACUGGAGAAGUUGCCUCACGAGAAACAUCACAACCAGCCUUACCGUGGCAUUGCUCCAUUCAUCAGGCACUUCGAGGACCCGAGAGAUGUUCCUCCACCAACCAGGGCAGAGACCCGUGACCAGCGGCUGGAGAGAAAGAGGCGAGAGAAACUUGAGAGAAGGCAAGUAGUGGCUGAGACAGAACUCAAGCUUUGGGACCCACACAAUGACCCUAAUGCACAAGGAGAUGCCUUCAAGACUCUGUUUGUUGCACGAGUGAACUAUGACACCACAGAGUCCAAGCUUCGACGUGAGUUUGAGGUGUAUGGCCCCAUCAAACGGAUUUACAUGGUCCACAACAAGAGGACAGGGAAACCUCGCGGCUAUGCAUUCAUUGAGUCUGAGCAUGAACGAGACAUGCACUCCGCCUACAAACAUGCAGAUGGGAAGAAGAUUGAUGGAAGAAGGGUGCUAGUGGACGUGGAGCGAGGACGCACUGUCAAAGGAUGGCAACCUCGCAGACUAGGUGGUGGUUUGGGAGCCACCAGGAGAGGUGGAGCGGACGUCAACAUGAAGCACUCUGGCCGAGAUGAUGCAUCACGUAAUGACGAUCGCGCCCUUGGGGGUGAUCAGGACCGUGGAGAUCGGCGGGAACGAAGCCGGGAGCGGGAAAGAGAGAGAGAAAGACCGACUAUGGGAGUAGAGGUUCCUGGCAGUGGUCAUCGGCGUCGAGAGCGAGAGAGGGAGCAUGGGGGGGCAAUGGUAGGAGACAGCCGAAGCAGGGAGAAGAGUCGAGUAUGGAAGAGAAGGAGCAGGAGCCGAGAUCGUAAGAGGGACAGGCAAAGAGGCAAGGGGCUGGAUGGGGAGGAGGAGGUCAACCAGGGAGACGCUGCCCCUGAUGGUGAGGAGCGGGUGCUAGAGGAACAUGAAGGAGAACCGGGUGAGGACAUGGAAGAACGUGGAGACCGAGACAGGGACAGAGACCGAAGGCGGAGCCACAGGGACAAAGAGAGGACCAGGGGAUGUGACAGGAAAUGUCUCCGCCCGAGCAGAUGA